UUCGACCACUUCCAGAUCCUGCGGGCCAUCGGGAAGGGCAGCUUCGGCAAGGUGUGCAUCGUGCAGAAGCGAGACACGGAGAAGAUGUACGCCAUGAAGUACAUGAGCAAGCAGCAGUGCAUCGAGCGGGACGAGGUCCGUAACGUGUUCCGGGAGCUGGAGAUCCUGCAGGAGAUCGAGCACGUCUUCCUGGUGAACCUCUGGUACUCCUUCCAGGACGAGGAGGACAUGUUCAUGGUGGUGGACCUGCUGCUGGGCGGGGACCUGCGCUACCACCUGCAGCAGAACGUCCAGUUCUCCGAGGACACCGUGAGGCUGUACAUCUGCGAGAUGGCGCUGGCCCUCGACUACCUGCGAAGUCAGCACAUCAUCCACAGAAGGUGGGCCUGGAAGCCGCCCCCCAGGAACCACGACGGCUGGUCUGCCCAGCUCCAUCUGAAUGUCACCAGGUGGGGAGGGGACCGACAUGCGCACCUGACCGACUUCAACAUCGCCACCAUCAUAAAGGACGGGGAGAGGGCGACCGCACUGGCUGGGACCAAGCCGUACAUGGCUCCGGAGAUCUUCCAGUCUUUCGUCAACGGUGGGACCGGCUACUCCUUCGAGGUGGACUGGUGGUCGGUGGGGGUGAUGGCCUACGAGCUGCUGCGUGGUUGGAGGCCCUACGACAUCCACUCCAGCGACGCCAUGGAGUCCCUGGUGCAGCUGUUCAGCACUGUGAGCGUCCAGUACGUCCCCUCCUGGUCCAAGGAGAUGGUGGCCCUGCUGCGGAAGCUCCUCACUGUGGACCCCAGGCACCGUGUCUCCAGCCUCCAGGGCAUGAAGGAGACCCCCUGGCUGGCCAACGUGCUGUGGGACGACCUGAGCAAGAAGAAGGUGGAGCCGGGCUUUGUGCCCAACAAAGGCCGCCUGCACUGCGACCCCACCUUCGAGCUGGAGGAGAUGAUCCUGGAGUCCAGGCCCCUGCACAAGAAGAAGAAGCGGCUGGCCAAGAACAGGUCCCGGGACAGCAGCAGGGACAGCCCCCAGUCCGAGAAUGACUACCUUCAGGACUGCCUUGAUGCGAUCCAGCAAGACUUUGUGAUUUUUAACAGAGAAAAGCUGAGGAGGAGCCAGGACCCCACGAGGGAGGCCCUGCCCGCUCCCGAGGCUGGGGAUGUGGACGGUGAGGCCUUGGCGGAUGGUGAGGACGCGAGCCCCGCCCUGCCCGUGUGCGGCUCCGUCUGCCCCUCGGCGGGGAGCAGCUAG